UUUAUUUUAUUCAUUAGCGAAUCCCUUAGAAUAUGUCGCACAUCAAAGACACUGAGCUCAAAUCAUUCAAGAAUCGCUCUGGUUCAAAAAAGUUGGGAGUAGCAAGUUGUCCAUCUAAUAUUAGCACUCGCUCGUUACCUAAUCAAAUUCCUGGCACUAAAGUUUUUAUUGAUUCAAUUGAACGAAAGACAGAAGGAGAUAGAUCGAAGCCAAAGUUGGGCAGACCUCGUAUGAACUUGGUGACGCAACAGCGCAUGAACCGGUUAAAAGCCUUAUCUCCGGAAAAGAUGAUCAAAUGCAAAGCCACGACGCCUUUGCAGCUGUAUCAGAAGCAGCAUAAAUCUCGCUCUCUUAGUCAAUCAGCUUUGACACAGAAGCAAAACUGUUGCACUCGUGGUUUAGAAUCGAAUCGCGUGAGAGCCUUGGAGUCACAGCACAAAAAACUGCAGUACCUGCAGUCAGAUUUCAUGAACAAAUUACGGAUGUUGGGACCAUUGGAUCUUUGCAAGUUACGCGGAAGGUACAAGUUUGUGACGCUUGUCAUAAACGGGGAAUGCAAGCUAGUCGUGCACGAGGAUGAUCUACUUCGCCUACCCAAGAAUUUGCCCAUUGAAUCUGUGAAUGACUUGAAGGAACGUUGUCGUACAGUUGUUGAAUCUGGGUUUAUGUUGCUGUACGAACAUAUGUCUCAUAUUCAGUUGGCCAAGAAUGAGAUGGAAGCGCAAAUCAUACGAGAACAAAUAAGUCAAAAACUAAAGGCGUUAGUGAACGGAAAGAUAUCCGAUAUGUGCAACGAAAUUCAGCAAUUGUGUGGGUCACCUGGUGCGUGCGUUUUUCCGGAUGUAGCCCGUUUAUAUCGGGAAAUAAGUGAGGUGCGUUCCCAAAAACAGCUUAUGGAGGCAAAAUAUUUCGAAGCAAAAAAGGAACAGUACGAGAAGUUAAGCAAACUAGAAUAUGACUCACAGGUCCACUUAAGCACAGAGGUUUCCAAACGAGAAAAACGUAACAGUGAGCUUGAGAGUACGAUCCAAAACUUGGAAGAACAAGUAACAAAUAAAAAUCUUGAAUUGGCUGAGAAAAAUGCGAUGCUUAUGGACAAAAACGAGGACAAUCAGCAAUUAAAGGUUGAAAUUAAUUUGUUAAGUACCACCAACCAAAGACUUCAAGAAAGCCUAAUGGAAUCGGAUUUUAAUUUACAGCGCGCAUACAAGGUGAUAACAAAAAAUGAUGAAGACAGCAAAGUGCUUGAAGGCGAAUUAAAAGAAGCACGCGAACUCAUAGUAAAUCUUCAAAAACGUCCAGACGUGGUCGACCAUGGCAUAGUUGAAAAGGAUUUAAUUAUUGUUGACCUAAAAAGACAAGUAAAGAACUUGGAGCAGCAUAAAAAUUUGCUGACCACACAAGUUAAUAAUACCUUGAAGGAGCGGGCGGUUUACGAAGAUUUACAAAGGCAGUACGAUGCUGCAGUGGAAAAUAUAACUAUACUAAUGCAAUAUUUUAGCGAGCUUCAGAUUCAAUUAAAGGGAAAUGAGUAUAAGCUUGAUUCACAGCCCCCGAUUGCACAAAAGCUUCAGGAGCAACUGAGAAAAGCGGAUAUCCAGAUUGCACAUCUUCAGGAGCAGGCUGAACGGGAUCGGCAGGUGCUAGCUGUGCGGUGUGAAAUGAUAAACGCCAUGCAACAGCACGAACACGAUAAUAGAAACAAGCUGGAUGAAUUAUAUUACCAAAUUAGCGAAAAGAACACACUCAUCAGUCAGAUAAAUAACCAUCUUUUUUUGAAAAACGAGGAGUUCCUCAACUUAUUCGGGACACUCAGCAGCAAACAAAUGGAAGUUCGCCGAGCGGAACAUAUAAUAAAACUAUUGGAGGAAAAUAAUGUGCGCACCUCAUUGCUGCGCAUAAAGCAGGAGGAACGCAAUGCUCUAAUGCAGGAUGAAAUCGCACAUCUUAAGCGAACUAUAAUAUCCGGCUUGCGUUGCUACGCCACUAAAUCGUAGUAAUUUUCCCAUCACCUCCUACUCAUUUUAUGGCUUCGAGUAGGUCCUUUGCAUGAGAAGUGCGAAUGUCCGAUUUUCUUUUAAUUUAAUAGAAUGAACCCCUGACAAACGGAGUAAAAGGUAACUGUCAAACAAAUGAAGAAAAAAUCAAAAAAAUUAUGGUUGAUCGCGUUGAACAAUCGCCACGGAACUUCACAGGAUUACCUACAGGACCUUUUGAAGACCUGUUUUGCUUAAGGUUAUACUUGUAUUUCUUUUUGUAUUGUGCCAAUACGCCACUGAAGGCAGCAUACCUUGUUA